CAUGUGGUCACGACCAGGAGUAUGCGGUGAUUUUUCGAAACAUUAGUUCGCAGUUCGAUUGUUUCCGAUAGUAGUGACGCCGAAGUGUAUUGGACUUCUUUGAUAGAAAAUUACUCUUUCGAAGGAGCAUACUCGGUUGUUUAGUCUGUAAGUUGGCGGCGACGUUUUCAGUCAGGUGUCUUGAGAGAUUAGCUUACAUCUGUGAUCCUAGUCAGGUUUUAUAGGUGCAUUUGGAGUGUUUUUAGCUUAUUUAUAGUCCACAUUAGCGUCAGCAGUUCGCACGAGCAAUAGCACGGGAUAAAAAGUGUCUUAAACGCGCGACGACGGAUUAUUAAUAUGGAGUGUAGCUGAACUUUCUAACGACAUGUUUGCGCACGUUGGUGUUGAGUGCUGACUGGAUACAAACGGAUAUAUUUGGAUAACUGUUCCGUGAAUUUCAUAUUCCAGAAAGACUAUUGUAAUAUCAUAAGCGUAUGAUGAUGUAUUUUGGAUAAUCGUUGCACUAGAAUCUAGCUGUUGGUCGUACAAGCGGGAAAACUACAGAACAAUGGAGGACCAUUUUCCAAGUCGAAUACAAUAGCAAACGGAAAUAUUGGAUAUAUAUUCGUGGAUAGCUUGACACACGCUGACACUAAGUAAACGCCGUACAAUGAUUGCAUUACGGAUUAUUCCCAACACCUGAGAGAUGCUGGCAUCCUAAAUUCGCGACGACGUAUGCAUCAACUGAAGCCGCUCCAUCAAUCAAAUAGCGAAAGACAGUAUCAUCGCACCCGCUAGUCCACCCAGCAAUGGCGCCCAGGCAGCCAAAUCUCACCAUACUGGAUAACGUGACGUUCUUGGGAAACGAUCACGUGAACUACACGUGGAUAGACAACAAACUCGAUCAAGAGAACCUGGAGGCAAUCCAGAGGCUGCCGUACGAGGCCUCCACGUUAGACCUGGAUUUAGGUUUCAACGGAACUGGGUUGCUUCCGACGGACUUUCCGUGUUUACUUAACGACUCCCUGAUAUGCGGAUUAAACGUGACAAUAAACGGGACAGCGGCGGCCGCAGUGUCGACCAUGCCCUAUGAUAUUUGGCUCACUAUUCUCUUGGCUGUUUUAGCGGGAAUUGUAAGCAUUGUGACAGUUUUAGGCAACAUCUUGGUGAUAAUGAGUUUCAUUUUAGACCGGACUAUACGGCAGCCCACGAAUUACUUCAUUGCAAGUUUAGCUGUCUCAGAUUUACUGAUAGGAUUCUUUUCCAUGAACUUGUAUACAAUGUACUUACUGUUAGGGAGAUGGCCGAUCGGGGAGAUCAUAUGUGAUUUGUGGUUAUCCUUGGAUUACACUGUCUGUUUGACUUCGCAAUACACUGUCUUCUUCAUAACUGUGGACCGCUUCUGCUCGGUGAAGGUUCCAGCUAAAUACCGGAAUUGGCGGACAGAGAAAAAAGUUAUAAACAUGGUGGCACUAACGUGGAUAAUACCUUCGGUCAUAUUUUUUACAACAAUUAUAGGAUGGCAAUAUUUUGCGGGCGGACGGACGAUUGACCCGAACGUAUGCUACACGCAGUUUCAAAACGAUCCGUUGUUUAAUACCUUAUUGAUAGUUGGGUAUUUUUGGAUUACAUUAAUCGUGAUGUGUGGGCUGUACACUGGGAUUUACAAAGUUGCGUUAAACCUGCAGAGAAAGUCUGAAGCGAAGCAAAAGAAAAUGACCAGCCUCGUUUCCAUGGCGGGGCAAACGAUGUCUAAAAUAGGGAUCGGGAUGUCGAAAGCGACAAGUCCGGGGCGGGAGCAGAAUGCGGUAGAGAAUAAUCAGACUGCGCUGUCUGUUGCUGGUGCGAAUAGGCCCAGGGCCACCAGUACGACCAGUUUCAGUAAAGCCGGGAAGGACGACGAAAGGUCGAGUAGCCCGGCCUUUCCUUCUGACACUGACCACGAGAGUCAAUCUCCCAAACAAUCGCAUUUCCCGGACGAGGUUCCUAAGGAGCGAAAAGAACGUAAAAAGAGAAAAGAGGAGAAAAAGAAAUCGAGUUUGGAUGUACCCAGUUUAAAAGUUGUGCCGAUACCGGUUUCCAAUUCGAAUACUCCUCCGAAUGACUCUGGUUACCACACCGUCUCCGCGCAUUCUAGUGAACCGCAGGAUCUGGCCCACCAUAAUGAGGGUUUUUCUUCCAAUAGGUCGUCUUCGCUUCUAGAUACCGCGGACGGCGCCCCCGCGCCCUCUGCAAACUCCGACUCUUCCACGCUAGAACGGCGAAAGCAACACCUGUCUCUUGACUUGCCAAAAUCACACACUGCCAAAGAAAAAGACGGUAGCACACCUUGCGUGAACUUAGCGACCACGCCGGAUAGGAUCCAAGGGGUCAGCUACAUUGACCAGGAAAGCAUUAAGUCUUUGCAGUCGACGGAAAAUAUGAAAAUGUUGACGGACAUUUUACCAAAUCGCCCAAACGGGAACAUGAUUCGCGACGAAUGUCCGCCGUCGCCUGUUUGGAAGAAACGGGAGUCUUUCCGCGAAGCAGACGAAGACGACCAGGAUGACCAUAGUGGGUUGUUGCCGGAGGACCACGAUGGAAUGCAAUCCGGCAAUCAUUCACGCAACACUAGCAUCCGGUUCUCGGAUCCUAAAAAUAGUGGUGGAAUCUCCAUGGCGACUAUUCAAGUCGAGACUGUUGACGAUAGCUCUUCGGGCAAAACUGUUUCGAAAAUCAUUCAAAAUGAGGAGCUCACGCCGCUCAAUGCAACGCCUAGCGGCAAAAAAGGAAUGCACAGAUCGAAAAACAGUCAAAACAAACUAGGUAGUUCUCUCAUGUCGAAUCUCUCCAAGAGUAUGGGUGGAAGUAGGAAACGCAGCAGUAAACAAAAAAAGGAAAAACAAAAAUCCAAAUCGGAAAAUCGCGCGCGAAAAGCGUUGAGGACUAUAACGUUUAUUCUAGGAGCUUUUGUGGUAUGUUGGACGCCAUAUCAUAUACUGUCCCCAAUAAUGGGCUGGUGUCCGACUUGUGUUAAUUUGGAUCUCUAUAAUAUUUCGUACUGGCUGUGCUAUCUGAACAGUCCCAUCAAUCCGUUUUGUUAUGCGUUCGCAAAUGCGCAAUUCAAGAAAGUUUUCUUACGGAUUCUUAAAGGUGACUUCCAUAAGACGUGACCGGCGUCACGCCACCUUUUGGAUAUAGUGAGAAUACGAAGCGGUACCAAUGCCACUUAUCGACUAUUUCUGGAACUAUCGAAGCUGUGUGAGAGCUAUUAUGCACCUUGUGGUUGCUUCUAACUUGCCAGUGUGUGAAUGAGUCUCGUCAAAAGUACCCGUUCACAAGUGUACAAUGUACAUAGAAAAUUCAAACCGUGAUUCACACAAUUUGAACAAGUUGAGUAGCGACCUUGUCCCUAGGUUAAUAGGUGGAUUCGCCCUAGGGCGAAGGUUCUUGUCGAAUCAACCGCAUCCUUCGGGUCGGUUGCAAGUGAAUAUGUACCCAGUGGACUGGGAUACGAUUCAGUGAUAAUAGUCAGUGUUUAUAAGUUGAACUCUUCGUUGUUCGCGGGCAAACUAUGGCUUUCCGGGCCCUGUGCUUGUCACUUGUGCCCUGUGAGUGUAUGUAAGUGUGCAUGUACGUGAAGGUCACUGCUUUUUAAACCGCACCAAGAAUAUUAUGUGUCACUUUCCAAACUAUGUGCUCACGUGGCAUCUAGAGGAAUACCAUGGUCCAAGUAGGAGCUAGCUGCUAGUUUAACUGUCUUUCAUACGAAAACCGGAAGUUGCGUGAGGUUUGUACAAAACGUGAAUCGAUGGCGAAACGAAGACUGUAAGAUGCCAUUUCAGCUAGAAGAAUAACUCAUCAUGUUAGACGUUUUUAUAUACAGUGUUCUCUGUCAAUUCAAAGGAAAAUCAUCCACUCAAUUGAUGCGGACCACCUAAUGACGUCACUGAGGUGCUCUGGAUCGGAAUGUCAAUUUGGGCACAAAGGUGGCAGCACGUGAAGAUGCACGUUCUUGCUUCCUAUACAUGUUGAAUAGACUUCCUUAGAAGAGUAAAAUGCGGCAAUUUCAUCAAGGUACUUUAGAAUAUUUUUUGAUAAAAGGUGAAAUGUGGAACUAUUUUCACUGCAACAAUCAUACAGUCGUCGGGAGGCAUUGUCAUUUAUUACCAGGAUCCGGCUGUUCAACCAAGUAAGUCACAAAUUCGGCGAAAGUUCUAGUGAAAUUCGCUGAAGAAGGCCAAGUUUAAAGUUAACACCAAUUUAGUGAUACUGUAUAAACAACAAUCACAAACUAACUUUUGGGGACUACAUACAGUACUACGAAUUUCUCAGUUUAGCUUGCCAAAAUCCUACGAGCGGUCACUCAUUCCUCACCGGGUUACUUCCAAAUUUGACUACAAAUAUCCAUAGAUGCAAAUUUCAUACCAAGAUAAGUUAUGCAUUUAGUGAAAAUACUUAUAGAGAUAUAUUACGUGUUUCACAAGUGGUUAAGUCUUAACAAUAGAGAGGUUUUGAAGCGCACCAGUAAACGAAAUCGAUACCCAAAUCCAAGCCUGCAAGACGUUUCUCAAACGACAACUGCUAACAUGAGAACAUUGAAAGCUAUGAGGGCUUCCGUAUAACUGAAGAAACUAACUAAAUUAUUACCCACUUGCAAACAUACAUGUAGCACGUCUUAUUUGUACACGGCGACAACUUGAACACUCGGUGCACAUCUAAACGUCUCUAAUAGUCGCUUGAGUUUAAACGUCCGCAAUUUUUGCACAAUGUCACGUGAUUUCUACGUAGCGAUUGCAAAACUGUGUGGCUAGUCCAAGUAGUGGUGUAGUCCCUGCCAAGUAGAUCGUUUUAUAUAAUGCGUGAAGUGGACCUUACUGCUCCUGAUAACUUCUGAAUAAAUAAGUCAAAAAUUUGCUUCUAACUCAGUUUUGGCAACUUUUAUCAGAAUGAAUAACCCUCCGCGGCGUCACAAGACGAUUAUUUUUAAAAAUGUCGUCACCGUCAACUGAUCUACUUAUUAAGAAGUUUCUGAAUGGCAAAAUCUCCUUCAUUCAUUCUAAAUUUACAGUGUAGUUUGCAGACAAAAGUUCGACGAAAUUUUUUAAUCACUCUAAACAGGAGGGUACAUGUAUUAGCUCCCGUGCUCUGAACAUGACAUGUUGUAAAAGAGGGGCAUGAAAGCGAGCAGCAGUGAUUCGUGUUCACGCCAACUUUUGUCUCCCGGAUGAGUUAAGCGGCCGAAGGCGGAAUGUAAGAGAACAAAAAACGAUGAGUCAGAAAUAUCAUUUUAGUGCAAUCAAAUUAGUUCUCUUUUAUCACCAUGAUUGUCAAGACUCAGAAGUUGUAAGGUCACCUAUUGUAAUUAGAACAAAAUAUAUCAUUGGAAUAUAUAAUAUACAUAAUGUAUACAUAAAUAUAUCUCAUUAUUUUACAUAUUUGUUAAUAACUGCAGUUGUAUUACAAAGUAACAGGUUAUGCAUGUUGAAGUUAUUUCAGCAUGGUGAUGUUUAUACUAAAGUCGAGAAAUUCUGUCGAAUCUGCCAGGUGCCAGUGUGAUUUUCAUAGAUGCCAGCACGCGUUCUAGAAAGGAAAGUGGUAUUUGCCUGUUUCGCGGCGCCGUAGUGGAAAUUUUAUUUGCAAAAUGUUGCAGUAGCAGCGAGCUGUUACAGGUUUAACUCUGAAGAGUAUACCUUUCAAACUGGAUUGGUCAAUAUUACGAGAAUUCCCUUGAAGAGAGAGGUGACUCGGCGUUACAUGUACCUUAUUUGAAGUUCAAAGCUGCGAAUUCCUCUCACGAGGUAUUACGAAGGAAUUGAGAGUGAUAUAUUUAUAACUAUACCUUUAUGGUUGACAUUGAUACCUCUCUCUGAUCAUGAUUUUGUUGGCUGGUUCGGAUAACAGAGUCUAAAUAUCUCUUUUCGCUUCAAGACUUGUGCAGCUAUCUUUUAAAUUGUGUUGGCCUCGAGCAGAUAUGACAAUACUAUAAGUUAUAUGCAGAGUUUAUGUGACUGGGAAAUGAUUUCAUACCAUUGUUGUGAACUUAUUCUAUAUGAUUAUACGGAUAUGAUCGUUAGUAAGGUAUUUCAUUACUGUUAUUGAACAGUUUGUCGAAUAUUUUUGGGGUUGCCAUUUUUCUGUUUGAUAGAACGGCAGUACUUUUUAACUUAUUAAAAGAAAUAAGUACUUCCUGGUGAAUAGAAUGUAGGAAAAAGUAUUAAUGAUCAUGACUGUACAUACAUUGCGGCUGGGCUACAGAAUUGAGAUUUUAACCUUUAAACAGAGAGUCGGUAUAAAAAAUAAGCAACUCGGAAGUGUACAAGUGCAUGAUUAGUUAGUCAGUGAAGCGAAAAACCUGGUGAAGUUUGCAAUACAUGAUGUCUCAAAAUUGCUAUAAAACGCAUAAUUAUCGUACAAUAUUCACCGAAAAAGCAAACUGGCGCCGUGGUAAAUCGAUAUUUCAUGAAUAUUUCUAUUAACCAUUCGCACUAUUCUCUGGCAGACGACUGCCAUGGGAAUGCAAGCAUGUGUCAAAAAGAAGGUUUUACUGCUAAGUUUCUUGGAAUGCAUCUACGGGUGUUUUAUAAUCAUUCUCACAUGGGUAUAUAGCAGUAUUUCCAGCGUGGAUCGGGAAAGAUGCUAGUUUUUACCGCGGCCAUGUUUAAACGGAUAUGUUCCAAUGAUAUCCCAAUUUCGCACCAAUAAUACAUUAAAAAUAUCCUCUGCGACUGCAAUGAAUGGAAAAUAACCCCGUAAGAUCGCAAACGUCAAAGCCAGCAAUUAUUUGAGAACCUGGCAGCAGAUUUUGUAACCCGAUUCUUAAGAUUCUCGCGCUUUUUCAAAGUUUCAUUUUUCUGCAAACAACUUGAGCUUUGAACACAGAAUACGCCAUUUUAAUCCCUGGGGCUUGCUAGUAAUACGAGUCAUUCACGUUUCGUGUAUUUUCUUUCAUAGAAUUUAUUUUAUUCUGCAUCAAAUAAUCCAGUUUUAACACCUGCAGGAUAGAUGCGGCAGCAUACUUUCGUAUGCUUCGAGUAUCUAUUCCAAGUGUACUUCAAAAUCUACAAUUAUUAUUACAUUUGAAAAUACAAUCAUUAAAUUCAAGAACUUUAUGGUCGAGUUAAAUGAAAGAGUAUGUAACGCUUUUUACCGUUAACAACCAAAGGAAUAAUAUGUUGCCACGAAACAUAA